AUGUUCUUCAAGUCUUUGGACCUGACCACGGCACUGCGCCCUUUGCUAUUACCUGACGAGUCCCUUCUCUUUGUACAGGAUGCGGUCGGGUUAUACGAGGGGAAAUAUAAGAUCCCCAACUAUCAAAAUGGCCACGCCUACUUGACCUCCCACCGAGUAUGCUACGUUGCUACCGAGGAUCCACGCAAAUACUGUGUUGGAAUUGAUUUAAAGGAAAUUGACCGGGCAGAAUACCAGGCUCGUUUUUUAACCUCGUCGCCUAAAGUUACCAUCUAUCCCAAGCCACAGAAUACCAAGAACGACAAGUCUCGAAGCACAACAUCGAGCCCCGCUAUCCCUCAGCAAUCGACUCUUCAUCCACUCCCCCACACGGGUCCAUCAAAGUCACCCUCACCAAAGCCAAUCAAUGCAACUUGGAUCUGCCCGAUAUGUACCUUCUCUAAUCCUGUUCCCUCCAACUUUGACCCGGCGACGGCGACGGCUGCGACCAACUUACCGCCGUGUCUUGCAUGCGGUAUCAAGCCGCCCUUUACAACCGUAUUGAAAGCAGCGAUCACGGCUGCGGCUAGUCGAGAUCACCCCUUACCCGGUGCUAGCUCAUUGGCACCAGAGGAUAGUACGCCUACCAGCAAUGGGGGACACGACACAACUACCGCUGGAUCGGUAUCCUGCCCUCGGUGCACCUUUGUCAACCACCCAUCACUGAUCGAGUGUGAGAUAUGUGGAGCACCGUUGAUGCCAAAAGGUGCUGCUUCACUGCUGGACAGUGGGGGAAACCGUGCAGAUUCACCGGCUCCAUUCUUCCAGCAAGCGCGGAUAGUCAACACAGAAGUGAGCGAGAGUAUCAAAUUAUCGUUUCGGGAUGGCGGCGAAAAAACUUUUCACGAAAGGCUUAAGGAUGCCCUGGUGCAAAGGAAAUGGCUACUCCAGAAUGCCCCCCCCGGUACCUCCCCCGGCGCAGGUACUCCCGCCGCGGCAGCCCUCGAGAGCCCGCAGCCCGCAGCCCCCCGCGUGUCAGCUGUAGGCAUCGCAGGCCUUGAACAACGAGGGUUGGAGGCUCGCAUGAACAAUCAGUUGGUGAUUGGCAAUGCGUUUGAGGAUUUGGAGGCAUUGAUGGCAUCGGCUAAGCAAAUUGUCGCCCUCGCAGAGACCUUGGCGCGAGAAUCCGGAAUGGCUACGAAUGAAGGCUCCGCGGAGACUAACGCGGUGUUAUCUGAGUCCGUGGCAGCCCUCGGGAUGGUAACUACCAAGGAUAUGCUGAGUUCGGGUUCCGAGACACUCUAUCUCUCAGAACUAUCACGCAACCUAGCAGAGUAUCUUACGGACGACCGCCAGGGCAUUCUACAGCGGGAAGGAGGAAUCAUGAGCUUGAUCGAUCUCUGGGCGGUAUUCAACCGGUCUAGAAAUGGUGUCGAGCUUGUCAGUCCAUCUGAUUUCCAGCGAGCGGCAGAACUCUGGGAGAAGUUGAAGCUCCCGGUUCGAUUGCGCCGGUUCAAGAGUGGACUGUUGGUGGUUCAGAGAUAUGACUGGAGCGAUGAUAAGACGGUACGACAAUUACAGGAGUGGAUGGAAGAAUUGCGCCAAAUUCCACCCGAAGACCCGGUUCCAUGGGACUCGCUGAUCUUCGGUCGGGCCGUGACGGCGCAGGAGACGGCGCAGCGCUUUAAAUGGAGUGUCGGCGUGGCUACCGAAGAAUUAGAGAUGGCAGAGGACCGAGGCGUACUUUGUCGGGAGGAAGGCAUUGAAGGGCUACGGUUCUGGGGCAAUUACAUCGUCAUUCCUAGUAACUAG